AUGUCGAAAUAAUAGCAAGAAAAAUUAUAAAAUAAUCACUAACCAAACAGAAUUUUAGUAACUCCAAAUUAGAAUAAUGGUGAGCCAAAAUAAAACUACUAGAAUGAUAUUUUGGAAUAGUAAGAUGAUCAUUGCGAACCUUUUAACUGCAAAUAUAAUUGCUGUGAUGAAAAUGGAGCUUGUCCUGAUUAGUAAAGUGAUUGUUAUUUUUAUAAAUGUGAGAAUUUUAUGUGUGCUGAGGGAGGUUGCUGCAUAAAAGGAGUUUGCAGACCAGAAAAAGACUGUAAAAAUAGCAAAAUAUUCAGAUAUAUUUCAAUAGGAAUCUUAGUGGCUACUUUUUUGGUGCUUUAAUUGUUCAAAGAAAAAAUAGAAAAGUUCUUUUCAGAAAAAUAGUGGUAUAGCUGCAUCUAAAAUAAAGAGUAAUUAGAAUAAAACCAAAAUGGUUUGUGUGAUAAUAUUGUAGAAAAAACUACUUAAAAUUAAAUAUAAAUUGAAAACAGAUCAUCAAAUGUUUUAAAUACUCAUAAAAAAAACAAAAGCACUUUAGCUGCUUUUCAAUAUUUAGAAAGAAACAACAAUCUUAAUAUUUUUUAUCCUCAAGGCUAAAGGAGUAUCCUUUAAAAUUCAAAUGAAGACAAUUAUAGUAACACUAUUUUCUCUGAUAAUAAGAAAGAUAAUUUAGUAUUUAAGAAUACUGAUGUAAUUGUGGAUCAGUUUGCUUAAUCCCCUCUCGAAAAUAGAAUUGCUCAAUUAAAAGAAAAUCCUACCAGCUAGCUCAGUUCUUCAUUUAAUAUCAACAAGUUUCCUAUGGGAAUUUCAGAGCUUUAAAAUCAACAAUUCAAACACAACUGA